AUGAUGUUCUGCAUCGUGGUGGGGGCCUCUGCUCUCCUACAGCAGGCUACGCCAAGCCUCGUGGCAUCUGUGGCUACGCCAGCUAUCACACAGCGAGCGGCGACGCCGGCGAUGGGCCUUCUCGGCCGCGUCGCCGGCCGCCUGCGUCCCAAGCGCAAGCUCAACAUUCCCGUCAUCGAGGUUGGCUCCGUGCUCCCCGCCGUCGAAGUGGAGGUGGUUCCUCCGAACGCAACGACGGAAGGACUCGCCGAGAGCGUCUCGCUCAACAUCGCGGAAGCUCUUGGAGAAGGCAAGUCGUUCCUGAUCGGCAUGCCCGGUGCCUUCACUCCAACGUGCACCGACCUCCACCUCCCUGGGCUGAUCCAGUCGGCAAAGACCCUGGGCGAGUACGGCGUCUCCAACAUUGCGGUGGUGACCACCAACGACCGCUGGGUCAUCAGCGCGUGGCGCGACUCGCUGCGCGACUGCGUCGGAUUCGGCGACUCGAGCCUCCCUCCCAUCUGCAAGCGGACGGAACCUUCUCUGAACCUUCUCACAACCUUCCCCGUAGGAGAGUCGAGCCUCCCUCCCCUCUGCAGGCGGCCGGUACCUUCUCUGAAGCUUCUCCGAGCCUUCUUCGUAGGAGACUCGAGCCUCACCUACCUCGCGGACGGCGACGGCGACCUGGUCAAGGCGCUCGGACUCGUCGAGGACAUGGGCUUCGGCGUCGGGCUGCGCUCGAAGCGGUUCGCGCUGAUGGUCGAGGACGGCGUCGUGACGCGCGUCGAGGUGGACGAGGGGAUGGACGAGCUCCGCACGACCGGCGCCGCCAGCUUGCUCCAGAUCGCAAAGCCGCCCGAGGUUGAGGCCGAGGAGGCUUCCGAGAUGGACCGGAAGACGGUCCUCGGCGGAGCGGCCGUCGCCCUCCUCACCGCCGUCGCCUUCUUCAGCCCCGGCUCGCUCGUCGCCAGGCACCACUUGGGCCUCGCGCCCGAGGGGCCGCGAGGCGGCGCCUCCUCCGCUCGCUCGCUCGCGCGGCGCGAAGCCGGAGGAGGAGGCGAUCGAACCUUCUAUGAGCCACCCGAACCUUCUAGGCGACCCGCCCGUGUUGUAGGCUCGAGGCCGGACAAGGAGGCGAGCGAGAUGAUGGCGAGCAAGGCGGCGGUGCGGGCCAAGCUCGACGCGGCGGCCGAGACGGCGGCGAAGCGCGUGCGGGCGGACGAGCUCUAAUUAGCUCUUAAUUAGCUCUUAAUUAACUCUUAAUUAGGCGGCGAAGCGCGUGCGGGCGGACGAGCUCAAGCGGGCGACGGCCUCCUAGGCACAGCGCCGCUCUCCAAAGGGACCGGCGGCCUUCUGUGGCGACAUCCCGCUCCCCAGGCGGCGCUCCCGCAGCGGCUGCUUGCGGAGAAGAGGCCGGCGAUCCAUGGGCAUGUCUUGAGCGCUCCCAUGCACGAGCGUGCGCUCGCCGUUUAUCCGCGGCGGCGCGUGCUCCAAAGCGCCGCAGCACACGGGGAAGUGUGCCCGCAGGAAAGUUCCUUCAUGAUCGAGUGAGCUGAUGAGCGUGUGCGCUAGAGCUUGAGCUCACCUUGCGCCGCCACGCGUGUACAUGCUAUGUCGGGGCUUGACGCGUGCCCCACCGCGGCAGUCCCGCUGCCGGAGUCGUCUGCAGAAAGAUCGUGCGUGAGAGUUCUCUGCCGGUCGUGUGUGCGUGUUGACGAUUAUUUUGCGAG